AUUCCGGCCACCAGGGGGCGCCCCAGCCCCGCCCGCGGCACCGCCCCCUCACCUGUGCGGCUGCACACCUGGCGCCGCCUCCGGAAGCGGGGAUCAAGGAUCGCGGGGACCUCGGAGGGAGCCCGGCGUCUGCGGACGCUGCAGGCACCAUGAGCUCCCCAGAAGGGCCAAGCUUCCCGUCGGGGCUGCUCUCCGGGGGCGGCUCCCCCAGUGGCGACGAGGGCUUCUUCCCCUUUGUGCUGGAGCGGCGGGACUCAUUCCUGGGAGGGGGCCCAGGCCCUGAGGAGCCUGAGGACUUGGCGCUGCAGCUGCAGCAGAAGGAGAAAGACUUGCUUUUGGCUGCGGAGCUCGGCAAGAUGCUGCUGGAGCGCAAUGAGGAGCUGCAGCGGCAGCUGGACGCGCUGAGCAUCCAGCACUUGGAGCGUGAGGAACGGCUGCAACAGGAGAACCAUGAGCUCCGCCAGGGCCUGGCAGCUCAGGGAGCCGAGUGGGAGGCCAGGGCUGUGGAGCUGGAGGGGGACGUGGAGGCCCUGCGGGCACAGCUGGGGGAGCAGCUCUCAGAGCAGCAGGACAGUGGGCGCGAGCGAGCGCAGGCCCUCAGUGAACUCAGUGAGCAGAACCUUCGGCUCAGCCAGCAGCUGGCCCAGGCCUCCCAGACUGAGCAGGAACUUCAGAGGGAACUUGAUGGCCUUCGGGGGCAGUGCCAGGCUCAGGCCCUGGCUGGGGCAGAGCUGAGGACACGGCUGGAGAGUCUACAGGGGGAGAACCAAAUGCUGCAGAGCCGCCGGCAGGACCUGGAGGCCCAGAUCCGAGGCCUACGUGAGGAGGUGGAGAAGGGCCAGGGCAGGAUUCAGGUCACCCACGAGCAGCUGCUGCUACUGCGGCGAGAGAGACGGGAGCACAGCCUGGAGCUGGAACGCGCGCGCUCCGAGGCCGGGGAGGCGCUGAGCGCCCUGCGGAGGUUGCAGCGCCGAGUCUCCGAGCUGGAGGAGGAGUCGCGCCUCCAAGACGCCGAUGUGUCUGGAGCCUCCCUACAGUCGGAGCUUGCUCAUAGCCUCGAUGGGGACCAGGACCAUCACACUAACCGACGCGGAGACGCCCCGACCACUGCAUCCGUGGAGCUGCAGGAGACGUCCAGCCAACAGCCUUCAUCCCAGGAGAGCUUGGAACCUCCCCAAAAGCAAGCAUCCCUGAGCCCAGGGGAGAUACUGGAGGAGAAGGAGGCGGAAGUAGCCCGCUUGCAGGAUGAGGUCACGCUGCAGCGGGCUGAGCUACAGUCCCUGCGGGAAGAAAUGCAAAGGCAGAAGGAGCUAAGAGCGCAAGAGGACCCGGAGGAGGCCCUAAGCGGCGCCCUCUCCGACCGGGACGAGGCGGUGAACAAGGCCCUCGAACUAUCCCUGGAGCUCAGCCGCGUCUCCCUGGAGCGGGAUUCCCUCUCCCGGGAACUUCUUCGCACCAUCCGCCAGAAGGUGGCGCUGACGCAAGAGCUGGAGGCCUGGCAGGACGACAUGCAGGUGGUGAUUGGGCAGCAGCUGCGCUUGCAACGCCAGAAAGAGCAGAGCGCGGCCAGAGCCGCCCCGCGCCGCCCUGCGCCGCGCUUCUCGCUGCGCCUGGGCCCUGGGCCCGCCGGCGGCUUUCUCAGCAACCUCUUUCGAAGGACCUGAGGGCCAGGCCAAGGGGGCCGCUCAUGCCCCCUCUGGCUCACUUUACUCUUCUGACCAUUGGAGCCGCAGGGCCCCGAUUGUCUUCCAAAGGGGGCUAAUGCCCUCCCCGCCCUGGGAGCAGGGGCCUGCUUUGGGGGCCAAGGGCCCCAGGUGGGUGUCAGGGGCAGGUGGAGCAGGGCUGUCUUUCAAAUCUAUGUAGGUCUGUCUUUUCUAAGCACUAGACCCCCCCCCCCACUCUGGCAUGCUCCGGGGCAGGGGUGGGGGGGUAUUUAUGUAUCAAAAUCAGAGUAAUAUAUAAAUCAUUACACCGA